GCGAGACAGGGCGGACCGGGUCGGGCGGCCGGCCGCUGCGACCUGUCCGGGCCAGAGGAGUGCUGCCGAGGUCACCGCGGGUCACCGCCGGUCAGUGGGGACCUCCGGGACCAGGCCGACCCGACCCGUGGACCGUCGGACCGCGGCGCCGGCCGCUUCGGACCCGUCGCAGGUCUCUGCUCCCCGGCAGUAUCUCCGGCGGCACCGGGCAGGUUCAGUGGCCGCCUGCAAGGCUAGCCAGGCGCCGGACUCGCUCGCUCGCGCGCGGAGGGCGGCGUUUUUAUGCGGGUGGCUCGGCGGCCGGCGGCGGGCCGCCUCGUCACUGGGGAGCGGGCGCGGCGCGCCGAGGGGAGAGCGCCGGCCGGCCGGCGGGGCGGUGCCAGUCGCGCGCCGCGCCGGCCGCCGUGUGGGCUGUGCCAGCUCUGCGAGUGACACACCAGCGCACGGGCGGCCACCGAUGCCGAGCUGGGGCCGGCAGCGUGUCGCGCGGCUCGGCCAGCGGCGCCUUCAGAUGGCCGCCGACGACGACGACCUGGUGCAGUUCGACAGGGACGACCCGGACUUUGUGCGCCAGGACAGCCAGCGCUCCAUUCACGGCUGCCAGGGAGACAUCAGUCUGCUCGGAGGUGACGGCGACACUGCCAACGCCAACAAAAGCGCCAUCUUCCGUGUGCGGCGCUUCUUCGACAGUCUGCACCGUGGCGACGGCUCGGCACUGGUGGAGGACACGUCGCCCGUUCCUCCGGAGCGGCGGAGCCUGGCGCUGCGGCGCUACCUGCACCGGCACCGGCUGCAGCACAGCCGCAGCUCGCCGGCGCGCCAAGGGUCGCUGGCCACCGCCGCCAAGCCGGCCGACAGUCCGUGGCCGUCGCCGGCGCGCGGACGGCGGCAGCCGCAGCCCCAGGCCGCCCUGCGAGACGUCCACUCCACGCCGGAGGUGUCGCUGGGCGAGGACACGCUGUCGUCGGCCAGCAGCCUCACCAACGUGUCGACCAUCAGCAGCAGCUACGUGGGCGACGAGCUGGACCUGGACGACUGGGAGGACGACGGCCAGGAGGAGGAGCACUACCCCGACCAGGACUGGCUGACGGUGGACCGCAGCGCCGCUCAGCUCACCGUCGACAGGAACUCCUCAGCGGCGUCCAGUUUCCGCUCGGGGAUCCACUUCACGGCGCGCGCGUGCGCCACUCCGUCCAGUGUCGGAUCCGGGAUCCAGUUCUCUGUGGGUCCGGCCACGGCCGCAUCCAGCUUCAGCUCGGGGAUCCACUUUUUCGCGCCGCCCGCCAUGGAGUCGGCCCACGACGAGUUCGCGCCCAACACCCUCACGGAGGAGUACGGCAAAAUGCUCACCAUAGAAGAUCUCAAGGAUUACAACAGUAACUGCCUCACGUGCGGAGUCAGCUGGCGGAACGAGGAGGCGUCUCUGGACUGUAACGAGUGUGGAGGGUACCCGCUGCGCCGGCCGUGCCCUGAGUGCUGCGGGCAGUGUGGCGCCGUGUGGGAGCGCGACCUCACCAAGUCGCACGACAAGGCGCUGGCCGCCUUCUCCGGAGUGUGUCUGUUCCAGCCCAACAAGGGCAGGUGCCAGCACAUCGCGGCCGCGGCCGGCGGCAGCUGAUGGCCCGCCCGCACGGCCGCCGGACGGCCCCCACCCCUAGGCCAGGUCGAGAGGCGCGGGCCGCCGCCACACACCGCUGUGAAUUGUGUCGUUCCGUCGCGAUUGCCACUGUUGGAUUAACCGGUUCGAGCGCGGGCGCGCGACAGACUCGUGCGCGCAGCACUGGGGCAAAGUGACUGUGUUCUGCGUCUUGUUUACCACUUAUGAGCGAAAUAAAGUUGCUAGCAU